AUGGUUUAUCCAGCAUAUGGUGGCACAAAUAGUCCGAAUUCAUUGUCAGGUGGUGAUCAAAAUAGAAAAAUAUUUCUUGGUGGUUUAAGUUAUCAUACAACUGAUGAAACAUUACGUGCAUUUUGUUCACGUUUUGGUAAAAUGACAGAUUGUCUUGUUAUGAGAAAUUCAGAAGGAAAAUCCCGAGGUUUUGGUUUUGUUACUUAUGAAGAUACGUCAUCUGUAGAAGAUUUUAUGCGUUCAAGACCACAUACAAUCGAUAAUCGUCAAAUAGAUCCAAAAAGAGCGAUGCCACGUGAAGAACAAAACAGCUCAGAAGCACAUUUAACGGUUAAAAAAUUAUUUGUUGCUGGUUUACGUGAAGGCAUCAAUGAAGAUAAUCUUCGACAAUAUUUCUCACGUUUUGGAAAUAUUGUUGAAGUUCUUGUAAUGAAAGAUCGUGAUGGAAAACCUCGCGGUUUUGCAUUUGUUACAUUUGACGAUUACGAUGCUGUUGAUAAAGCUGUCCUUGAAAAACCACAUAUAAUCAAUGGAAAAAAUUUAGAUGUUAAAAAAGCUGUACCCAAAGAAAAAAUGCAAGAAGAAUCGACAGGAAAUGCUGGUGGUGGUGGUGGUGGCGGCGGAGGAUCUGGUAUGUCACCGUUCAAUCGAAGUAAUAGCUCGAAUUAUUCCGGAGCAAAUUCUGGACCGCCACCACCGGCUGCCUCGCGAAAUAAUUUUGGACCAAUACGAGAUAAUUUUAGUAAUUCCAGUGGUGGUUGGGAUAAUCAAGGUGGAAUGUCUCGAAUGAAUAAUCAAAAUCAAAAUUAUAAUCAACCACCAACAUCUUCAUAUGGUCAACAAGGUGGAUAUAAUUCAAAUACAUCUGGUUUUAACCCUCCAAUGCCAUCGACUAGUGGUUAUUCUCAACCAUUUAAUCAAAUGGGACAAAAUCAACCACCACCACCACCUCCACCACCGCUUCCUCAACAACCAUCAAUGAUGAAUUAUGAUCUAUAUAAUAAUAGUUCGAAUAUACCCUUUAAUAAUAAUCCUAAUCAACCACCAAGUUCAAAUUAUAUGCAACCAAAUCCACCAUCCUAUGGACAAAAUCAACAACAAGGUUUCGGUAAUAAUCCAAACAAUUUUGGUGGCAUGAAUAAUCCAUUUAGUUUACCACAACCACCAACUAGCGGAAGUGGAGGCUAUAAUAAUCCUUCAUCAACAUCAACGCCAUUCGAUAAUUCCAAUUCAUAUGGUAUUACUUCGCAAAAUUAUGCCGGUGGAAAUUAUAAUAAUAUGCCAUCACAACAAUCUCGUGGUGGUGGCCCUAUGCGUGGUGGACGAGGUGGCGGCGGUGGUGGUAGUGGUAAUUUUGGUGGCCCUUCAGGUGGCGAUAACGGCUAUGGUAAUCGACCAGCUCCUUAUCCAUCGCGCGGUGGUGGUCGUGGUGGUGGCCGAGGCGGUGGUCGCGGUCGUGGCCGUGGACAAUAA